CUACAGGAAGCUGGGGCAGGACAGCUUCUCGGAAAAGUCAGUCUAGGAAGCCGAAAAGAACUGGCCCAUAUGAGAGAUUAGCCAGAGGAAGAUAUGAAUCCGGAGGGAACAAUUAAGGACCAAAGAGCAGGUAUAAAGAUUUCUUCAAGCCGCCACUGCCGGUCGAUGCCGGUGCAACCGCCUCCACACCGGCCGCUGAUGGUGCCAUUCGAUGGGUUUGGGGCUGAUCUUUUAUAUCAGCCCGAUCUGCAAAAUAACUGCUACUAUACGGAUUUGGUCCAUUUUAAAUGACCCGAACAGAUCCCGUAUCGAUAUGCCAAAUAACCGCUACUAUACAGAUUCGGUCUGUUCUAAACGACCCGAACAGAUCCUGUACAAUCGACCCCAGUACGGAAAAGAAAUUGGGGGAUCCGGAUAUCCGAGCCCAAAAUCUCAAUAGAGCCAGGUGGGAGUUUGGUUUUGCGGGCAUCCGCAAAAACAGCAAUUCUGGCAUGGAGCUCCCUGAAGUGCCCCUCAUGGAUUCCACCGUCAUGUGCUCCCAAUCGCAGCCGCACGCAGCUCCUGCACCUCACGCGGCUCCCGUCGGCACCUUCGCCUUCGCCGUAACGCCACGCAACCCUGUUUUGGCAGCGGCCAAACGCAAGUGGCAGCAGAACUAUGUCGUCCAGGGAGCAAUCCAGGCCCGGCCAGCUCCCCUCCACUCCCUCCUUCAGCGACAGUGCCGGGGUCCUUCUCCACCAUGGCUAGACCGAGUGGGGUGCGGCAAAAAUCGACCAUCGCGAAGAGGCAAAUGAAUGCGGCGGCAGGUCGAGGAGUCUCACCUCCUCUCUCACAUCCGGCGGGUAGCCCUCCCACCCUGCAGCCCUAGCUGUUCGACAAAACGCAUGGAUGCUGCUGGCGAUGCCGUUGCUUGAUUUAUCAUGUCUCAUAGCGCAUUGUUUGAUUUAUUCACAUGCGCUUAUAUUUUGGGAACUGUUAUAAACCGUCGAACUGUAACUGUCGAUUUCUUUGGCUUUGACAGAACAAAUUCAGUUUGCGGAAUCUGUUCCGCUCAGAUCAAUUCGGUAUCGCAAAACAUGUUUGACGAUAGACUACAUAUGUGCUUUUUAGGAUAUAAAAUACAGGAUCUGCUGGAGUUCCUCUAGUACCGGUCUACCCCCUUAGCCACCUCGCUUGUCUGGGACGAUCGAAACUGUCCUGAGAUGUCGGUUGCCUGCGCCAGCAAAUAUUCCCUUCUCGAUUAGUUAUGUGCGUGUCUCCAUGAUUAGGCCAAUGUCUGAUCAUUACCGUCAGGCCCAGCAUGUCGUGAAUAUGUAUAUGUAUUGGACCUGGCUCCCUUGUUGAAACCUUAAUUUAAGGGGAGCGGCGGUGCCCUGAUAGAUCAGAGAGGCGGUGGUGCCCUGAUAGAUCAGAGAGCUGCGGCAGACGAGAUCAGAGCGGAGGAGUCCUGGUAGAUCAGAGCGGCGGCGGUGCACUGUUGGAACACACACAAAAGGAGAGCGGCGGCGGCGAAAAAGACGAGGUGAGGACGCCUCGUGAGAUGGAGAUGGAAAGGGAAUACGGGAAGCAGCACUUGGACCGUGGUAAAUCCCUUUUGGAGGAGCAGGUGAUGCAUCCGGAGACGAAGACUGAGCAGUUGCUCAAGGACAUGUCAGACAAAUUGGUCAUACUGGAUGGCGGUGGUAAUAAGGAAGAUGAUGAGAUGGAUCAGGGCAAAUCAGCCGAGGAGGCCGAGCAAAUGGCUGCUGAAGAGGAACGUUUCAAUUCAUAUCGCAGUAACUGGGAAUCUUCAUGGGGGUCGCAUGGGUGCGGUCAAUUCCCAGCAUGACUCAAGUGAGUCCCAUGCACUUUACAAACUUGAUACCUGGAUGCCGCCCAAACGGUGCAGCGAUCGCUGGGGCAACCUUGCAGAUCUUCUCCAUGGAACUCAAAGAACUAAAAGGUGGCUUUGAUAUGCCUUUGUCUGUGUACGGUGUGGUUGCUGCCCGAGCUGUCGUGGAUCAUAAUCGCAACCUUCUCUUCUCUUGUGAUAGGAGCAUGUCCCAAAAACUCAAUCAAGACGAUUCUUCUUUGUGCUUGGUUGGCCCAUCUCGUGCAAUUGUGUUUAGGAAACCCGUUGACUUUGAAGUGCAACUAAGAGUAAAAGGUAGAACUAUGUCUCGAGAUAGACCAUUGAUCAGCGGUGUGUGCCAGUACACUGGGUGGCAAGGGCAAACCGGUGUGUCUACCCUUUGCCUCGAGAACUGUUUCUGCAAAAUAGAGAUGUGCAUGGAAAAAGUUGAACGAACGGUCCAGGCCACUAUCUUGAGUGUCGGCGUCAAAGAUGAGUCAUGGCCUUUUGAAUAUGGCGGCCGAGUUGUUUGCUCAUUGUCACGGACUGCUGGGCAUAAACUCUCUUUUUUCACGGAUCCCUCAUCUACGGAAAUUGUACUGCUUGAUUCUCGUGGUAAAGCAAUUCCUAAUUGUUCACAUGGUUACCUUUGUUUGUCAAGGAAUGUCGUUUCUGUACAACUGGGAGGAACCCUAAAAUUUGUCAUACAGACAAAUUCUCCAUCCGGUGAUGUGGCUGCACAAGGUGAGGUUUGCUUCGUGGGCAAAACUUCCAAUGUAAGCCAAAGUACAUGUUUUCUUGGUGACACUAAGGUGGAGGUAGAGAUUACUGUUGCUUGGUCUCUUCUUGUUUCGGACAAGGAGUCUAUUGCAUCACAGGGGUGGGAAUUUGAAGCAACUGAGCAACUUGAUCACAUCAUGUCUUGGAAGUUACAGUGAGUUAUUAUUAUGAAGAUGAUGGCUAAAAAAAGGCCUGACGAACCAUCUCUUUGCUCUAUCGAUCCAUCUUGUGUAAGUGUCCUUAGUGUUAUUUUCUGCAUGAAACAACUAUAUGUGUGUAAGAUGUCCAACUAUUCGUACUAUAAGUCUUAACUUAUGUUAUCCAUACAACUUUUGUGUAUGAACAGUAA